AUGACGACAAGUGAAUUUGCGACACCAACAAAAAAUAUGUAUAAAUUAGCCGUAAUAAUAUUUAUUAUCACAACGACAAUUGUGCAAAGUGUUAAUUCACAUCAGCAAUGCGAACAUCGAUAUGCAAAGGCGGACGAGGUGAUACAUGGAGUACAUAUCGAGCCAGCACACAUAAUUAAGAAACGUAGUAUAGACCAGCCACUUAGGAUACUGUUGUAUUAUGAUGAAUCAGUGUAUAGACUAGAUGAGGAUAAAUUUGAAUUAAUCAAUAACACAAUCUUACCGGAAGCCGUUCGUUUCUGGGAACAAGCACUGAUGGUGCGCAAAACCGAGAACGUGAUAAGACUGAAUCGCAAGUGCAACAGCACACAGGUCUUCGUGAAGCACAAUCGCACCUUUUGCAUCGACUCGUGCAAAGCGGAAACGAUGUGCGGCGAAGUUCGCGUGCCCGAAGAGCAUCUCGACGUGUGUCGCACGUGCAACAGCACCGGACAAAGUUGCGGCGAAGACGGCACCACAAAACGCGGUCCCGGCGUCGAAAAUGCCGAUUUCGUGUUUUACGUGUCUGCCAAUCCCACGGAUCGGUGUCGCACCGGCUUAACGGUUGCCUAUGCGGCUCAUUGUCAACAAGAAGCGGCGAUGGAUCGACCAAUUGCCGGUCAUGCGAAUUUGUGUCCCGAUAGCAUCAGUACGAAGCCGCAAGAGUUGCAAACGUUGCUUUCGACGGUAAAACACGAGAUUUUGCAUGCGCUGGGAUUUAGUGUGAGUUUGUAUGCGUUUUUCCGCGACGAGAAAGGCAAUCCGCGGACCAAGAGGAAAAGUGACACGGGCAAGCCGAAAUUGAACGAGCAAUCGCAGAUCCAUCAGUGGGACGAAACGACGAUCAAGACAAUUGUGCGGGAAAAGUGGUCUGUGCGAUCGGGAUACAUUAAUCGGACAAUUAAUAUGAUGGUGACACCGAAAGUGCGGGAAGAGGCAAGAAGACAUUUUAAUUGUUCGAAACUGGAAGGUGCUGAAUUGGAGGAUCAAGGAGGCGAAGGAACUGCUUUGACGCAUUGGGAAAAACGCAUUUUAGAGAACGAAGCAAUGACGGGCACCCACACACAAAAUCCCGUCUUUUCGCGUAUAACGUUGGCUCUCAUGGAAGAUUCCGGUUGGUACAAAGCAAACUACGACAUGGCAUCCGAUUUAUCUUGGGGCAAGAACCUUGGAUGCGAUUUCGCGAUGCGCAGUUGUAAGGAUUGGAUUCACUUGAAUCACAAAAAAGGAAAGUCCAGUCAUCCAUUCUGUUCGAAAGUAAAAACGGAUCCGUUGCAAACGGAAUGCACGGAAGACAGAAAUUCCGUUGCUCUUUGUAAUCUCGUGAAGCACGAGCAUCCUCUUCCGUUGCAAUAUCAGAACUUUGAUAAGCUGAGUCACGUUCAAUCGGGUCAUGAGGACCAUUAUGGCGGUUCGGUGUCGUUGGCUGAUCAUUGUCCGUAUAUUCAGGAGUUUACGUGGCGCAGCAAAAAUGUCGUCGUUCGCGGGUCGCAGUGUCAGUUUGAGGAUAAUAAUCCAAAAUCGGAGAAAAACUUUGCCCUCGAAAAGUACGGCUCACAUUCCAAAUGCUUCGAUCACACGAACCAAAUGUGGGAGGAACGUUCGUGCAAACAAACGCGCGAAUGGCAGCACUGGGGCUCCGGAUGCUACGACUACAAAUGCGCCAACGGUCACUUGCACAUCAUCGUAGCAAAUUACUCGUUCGAAUGUUUCUUCCCGGGCCAGGAAAUCCACAUUCGCAUCUACAAAAAUGGCUGGCUCCAUCGUGGCAGUCUCGUGUGUCCUCAUUGCUCGGAAAUUUGCGGCGAAACAUUUGCCGCGCGAAACGAAACGUGCCGAGCCCCUGAAGAAGCGCCGCCCGCCAAUCACUAUCAUCGCGACGAAUUGAAAUGUUCGAGCGGGACACGAGCAAUUUUGUCGUUACUCGUCACCUUUAUCUCCCUCACAUCUUUGGUUCUGAGAUAAUCAUUCGAAGGCGGUCUCAUCUCUACCUGUUUGUGAUAUAUUUUAAUUCCUUGAACAACAAAGAAAAAAAAACGGUCAAAGCAAAAAACGGCGAUUGAAACGCUGUUAAACGCAAAAUUCAAAAUCUUCGUUAAACAUUCCCAGUGACCAAGUUACAAAAAAACACGAAAAAGCCAUAAAACCCAUUUAGUUCCUUGUUUUAAAGUUAAAAACUUCUCAUAUCAGUGAACAAAGGAUCAGAAAUGGUUUGACAAACAAAAAAAGGAUACUACACUUGUUAAAACUGCCAAAGCAAAUUAUUGUGUUAAGUCUAUUUUUAAGUUAAAAAAAAAUUAAAAAGUGAAAAAAAACAAAAAAGGAAAAUGACAACAAAUCACUCAGAAAAUUAAUAAAUUGACAUUUAGGAUUAAGGUUUACUCGUAGGUAGUGAGUUUAAGGAAGUUUUGUGAAUAGCAAAGUUGUGUUAAUUGUGACAGUCAUUUUUUCAUCUAAUAAAUAAA